GGGCGCGCGGGCCUGCCUCAUUUUCGCCUGGCAGGUCAGCCGCUGUGUUUCAGACUGGAGCCGUUGGCUGCUACUGAACCGUUUGGCUCUUUUCUCUACCAGCGAGCAAACCUACAAUCUAGACCCAACUGUCCUUCCAGCUCGUUUUAAGGGGAUUUAUCAUCAUAUGAGCCCGUGUAUCCAAAACACAUCGGUCAUUGGGGAUUGCUAGCACCGGUUGGCCGGGUCCGAAGGCCGUUAUAACGCUUUUUUUUAGGUUUAAUUAGAGCUAGAAAACAACGGUGGAGGAGGAGAUUCCUCACUAGAGACAGAGGAGAAGGCACCCCCCCUGAGUGAACUGCAGCUUUAGGUUCUGAGCCCAUGGUACAAGGCCCCGACUGAACAUACUGGUGGGGCAUACAGACCUACUACUGUGGCGAGGUGUGUGUGUGCUGACCUCAUGGUGUAACAGAAGUAAAGAUGAGCAUUAGCAGUGAUGAGGUCAACUUCCUGGUCUACAGAUACCUACAGGAGUCAGGGUUCUCCCACUCAGCGUUUACCUUUGGUAUAGAGAGUCACAUCAGCCAAUCCAACAUCAAUGGUGCUCUGGUUCCCCCUGCUGCCCUCAUCAGCAUCAUCCAGAAGGGCCUGCAGUACGUCGAGGCCGAAGUCAGCAUCAAUGAGGACGGCACGCUGUUUGACGGGCGGCCCAUUGAGUCUCUGUCUCUGAUCGACGCUGUGAUGCCGGACGUUGUUCAGACGAGGCAGCAGGCGUACCGGGAUAAGAUGGCCCAGCAGCAGGCCGCCGCGUCAGCGCCGACAUCGGCCACCGGGGGCGGCAUCGCCGGCAACGCCAAGAACGGAGAGAAUACUGCCAACGGGGAGGAGAACGGAGCCCAUGCCUUAGCUAACAACCACGCAGACCUGAUGGAGGUGGACGGAGAUGUGGAGAUCCCUCAGAACAAGGCCAUGGUCUUGAGGGGCCACGAGUCCGAGGUCUUCAUCUGUGCCUGGAACCCAGUCAGCGAUCUGCUGGCGUCGGGGUCAGGUGACUCGACGGCUCGUAUCUGGAACCUGAGCGAAAACAGCACCAGCAGCUCCACACAGCUGGUCCUGAGACACUGCAUACGAGAGGGGGGGCAGGACGUCCCCAGCAACAAAGACGUCACCUCGCUGGACUGGAAUAGCGAAGGUACGCUGUUGGCGACGGGCUCCUAUGACGGCUUCGCCAGAAUAUGGACGAAGGAUGGGAACCUGGCCAGUACACUUGGCCAGCACAAAGGUCCCAUCUUUGCCCUUAAGUGGAACAAAAAGGGCAAUUUUAUCCUCAGUGCAGGAGUAGACAAGACAACAAUCAUAUGGGAUGCCCAUACAGGAGAAGCCAAACAACAGUUUCCCUUCCAUUCAGCUCCGGCACUAGACGUUGAUUGGCAGAGCAACAACACGUUUGCCUCCUGCAGUACGGACAUGUGCAUCCACGUCUGUAAGCUGGGACAGGACCGACCCAUCAAAACAUUCCAGGGACACACGAACGAAGUCAAUGCAAUCAAGUGGGAUCCCACAGGGAACCUGCUGGCCUCCUGCUCGGACGACAUGACGUUGAAGAUUUGGAGUAUGAAGCAGGACUCGUGUGUCCACGACCUGCAGGCCCACAGUAAAGAAAUCUACACCAUCAAAUGGAGUCCCACCGGCCCAGGAACCAACAAUCCGAGCGCUAACCUCAUGCUGGCUAGUGCGUCCUUUGACUCCACGGUUCGUCUUUGGGAUGUGGAGAGAGGCAUCUGCAUCCACACGCUGACUAAACACCAGGAGCCCGUCUACAGCGUGGCUUUCAGCCCCGAUGGUCGGCAUCUGGCCAGUGGCUCCUUCGACAAAUGUGUGCACAUCUGGAAUACACAGACGGGCGCGUUAGUCCACAGUUACAGAGGGACGGGGGGGAUCUUUGAGGUUUGCUGGAACGCAGCGGGGGACAAAGUGGGAGCCAGCGCAUCAGAUGGAUCUGUGUGUGUACUAGACCUCCGGAAAUAGUGUUGCUGUUUGUUGGAAGCCAUGGACCGACCAUGAAUGUGUACAUAGCCAAAUGACUGUCCCUGCCUGCCCUGCGUACUGCUCUCGCUCACGACUAUGGCCCCGCCCACCGACAGACAGGAAGCAGGAAACGGGAACAGGAAGCAAGCACCCGACACAGCAGGUCCAGACCCGGGAUGAACGGACAGACGGACGGAGUAACGGGCGGAUGGACGCGCCCCUCUCCAUCUGUGCAGACUCUUACAGAGAUGCAGAAGGGACGCAGUGAAAAAACAAGAAAAAAACCCUCAUAAGACAAAAAAAAAGUUACAGAUCCGUAUAUGUACCAAAAUUUGGAAGCUAUUUUGCUUUUUUGAUCUUUAAACCAUACUCAUGUGUCAUCAAAAUGAAAAACAAUGAAAAAAGUGUUGACCUUUGUUACUAGUUGGAGCUCAUUGUGAAGACAUAUCAACUUCUCCACCAUAAAAUAGGACGGCACUUAGUUUUUUUUUUUUUAAUUUCCGAUCUCUUGUUUCAAUGUUUUUAUAUUUUUUAUCUUUGGGGGGGGGGGCAGGUCAAGUCAGAGAUUUGUUAAUUGGAGAAGAACAUGCAUAUGAACGCACUCGGACAGUUCUCAGAAACCGUGUCCUCGUUGUGACUUCAUAGAUCCGGUUGACCUCAAAGCGGAGUGGUUGUUCUCCAGAGGAUCAGCUGUGCACAUGUUUUUACCCACAGUGCUCCUCUCUGCACCUUCGGCCGUAGCAGCUACUUGUGUGAUGGAGAACGUUUCAAUUGGCAGGAGGCUAAAUGUUCGGUUUUAUUCAGGCAACAGUCGUCGGGUCCCGUCUGCGAUGACACGCUGUCCUCAGCCAGUAGGAUUCCAGCAUUCUUUUUAUUUACAUUUUAUUUGGGUUCAAGACUUGAAACGAGUCUAAUUGGAUUCCCGCCCAAAACUUCUGGAGCGUUGCUCCCCGUUUAGUUCACGCGGGUGCUCUGGAGGCACCGCGGGUCCCAGGCAGAUGGGCGGAGCCAAAGACGCGGAUGAUGUCACCGGCCGGGAAGCUUUUCAUCAUGUGGGAUAUUUGUAUGUAAACAAGUGAAACCAAAUACAGUUUGUGGUCCCUUUUUGAUAGAAUGUGAAUCACUACGGUUAAAGUUAAAGGUUUAUUAUUGUCAUUCGGCAUUUUAACUGAUCAGCUGGACUCUGGUUAAGAUCAUUAACGGUUCCACUCACUCUGACUUUUUGUAAAUGGUCACUAACUUUUGGGUUGGUGCGAAAAGACGCGUCAUUCCUUACACCGCUGACAUCUUUCAAAUGAUAUUUCGAUGAAUAUUAAGUCAUCACCUCUCCGGGUCUCUGUUGCUCCGCCCCGGUCAAACCCUGACGUAGUGACUCCAGAGCAGCUCCGCCUCCAAAACUACCUGAAGAGUUUCUAUAACCCCCACAUUCCCCCGGAUGGAAGAGAGGGCUUCAGUGUCCCCUGCGGCUGCCUUUAUUUAAAAAGAGGAAGAGACAUGACGUUCUGUAUGGUUCCCCUUUCCUCUCUAUGCUUUGAUAACGAAGCCCCCCCCCCCCACACACACACACACCUCCCCCCCAGUCGAGUCUACUGGCUGAUUGCUGGCACGAGGUUGCUGUUCAGAGUCGAGCGCAAAAGCAGAUCCAAACAUUAAAGCAAUAUGUGGACAUUUUAUUCUUUGUCUGUUUUUAUUACCAGCUUCUUGUGAUAUCGUGGACGACUACGCUGCAUUCAUGAAGGACACGGACGAGUCACAGAUAAACUCCAAUAAAGUGGUUCAUCCACAGCACGACAGUCCCAGUCCCAAAAUCCCAAACCGUUUAUUUAAUGCAUUUAACUCCUGAGCCCCCAUCACCUCCAUCGCUGUCACUUCUUCACCUUCAACAUUCUGCUCACAAUUGACUGAUGAGAUUGAUGAGACAUUUUAUACUCUUUUAAACGCAAAUUAAAGUUACAUUUUUGUAAUUUCUUUGUAGAUUUGAAAAGAAAACUGUAAAUUGAUGAUUUGUUGGCAGUGUUGCUUUCUGUGUUCUCUCCAUCUUGUUCCAUUACUUUGAUGCUUUUGUGAGUAGUAAAGGUUAAAGGUCACUGAAGGCCCCAGGACAAAACUACCACUACAUUUUCUUUAAUAAAAACAUUAUUAAUGAACAUUUUCACUUAAAUCUUUAGUCUUUUGGGGAAACUGACUCUGUAUUACAUUUAUAAGAUUUUUUUGAUUCAUCUGCUUCCCUUUUUGUCAUCGCUUUAGUUUCUCUGGAAUCCGAUUUAAUGCCAUUUAAAUUUGCGCAGUCCGAUAUCGGGAGCCCAGAAAAGGAUUCUGUGCGUGACUCGUCACAGGAGCAUCGUCUGCGUGGUCACGCUGAGGUUAGUGAAAUCCUCCAUCAGGCCGAGAACAUUAAGCUUCCAUUUAGGCCAACUGGUUACCAGAAAUAGGUGAUUUGUUAUUGGCUGCUUGGUGCCCAACGCGCUCGCUGGUCACUUGAGGACUCUAAAAUAUAAAUGCGUAAAAUACACCUUUUUCAACAAUUUAUUCUCUGGUGAUAUUUGACGAGCCCGGAGAAAAAGCCCACCCAGAGAGAUCUGCAAUUUAGGUUUGUGAUAUUUCAGAUUAAACCCAAAUAGUUGAAUCUGCCUCCAGAGCUGCUCUGCUGACGAUCAUUUGUACAACUAUUAAUCCACUUCCCUUCCUUCUGUGGUAAAUUGGGUAUUUCUACAGAGAUUUCAUGUGAGUCCUGUGCACCAUUUCCUCAUUUCUUUUUUUCUUCCCCGUAUUUAAAGCACUUGAGCCAACAAUCGUUUUUGAAAAUGUCCCGCGUGGGCCGAUGUCAUGCCAUCCGCAGGUCUGUUCCAUCUCACUUUGUCUUGGUAAGCGCGGCUGAUGUCGCUGAGUCGGCCUUUAUUUGUACAGACAUGUCAGUCGAAACAGCGUCUCCCCCCCCGGCUCUCAGAGCCAAGAUGAUUUCUUCUUUUCCUUCUGCAACUUGCAUCACAUUGGUCUGUUAUCAUUGAAGUCAGAUUGGUGAAACUAAAGUCCUGAAUAAAAUAUAUUUUGAUAAGA